GGAGCGGCUCCCUGCAGCUGUGCUGUGAGGGAAAAGAAAGAAGUCUGUGUCUUGUUGGCUUUUGUUCACAGCUCGGCCUUCGGAGGACGUGGUCAGUGGUCAGAAGGUCCAGGCCCACGGAGAGAAGGUACCAUGGCUGCUGUGGACAGCUUCUACCUCUUGUACAGAGAAAUUGCCAGGUCUUGCAAUUGCUACAUGGAAGCCCUGGCAUUGGUGGGAGCCUGGUACACAGCCAGGAAAAGCAUCACCGUCAUCUGUGACUUCUACAGCCUGGUCAGGCUGCACUUCAUCCCACGCCUGGGCAGCAGGGCAGACCUGAUGAAGCAGUACGGAAGAUGGGCUGUCGUCAGUGGUGCAGCAGAUGGAAUCGGAAAAGCCUAUGCAGAAGAAUUAGCGAGCCAAGGUCUCAACAUUAUCCUCAUUAGUGGGAACAAAGAGAAGGUGCAGACUGUUGCCAAGGAUAUAGCCGACACCUACAAAGUAGAAACUGAUGUUAUAGUGGCAGACUUCAGCCGAGGACGAGAGAUCUAUGUUCCCAUUCGAGAAGCCCUGAAAGACAGGGACGUUGGCAUCUUGGUAAAUGACGUGGGCGUGUCCUACCCCUACCCGCAGUAUUUUGCUCAGGUCUCAGAGGACAAGCUCUGGGACAUCAUAAAUGUCAACAUUGCUGCUGCUAGUUUGCUGGUCCACAUGGUGUUGCCAGGAAUGGUGGAGAGGAAGAGGGGCGCCAUCGUUACCAUCUCGUCUGGCUCUUGCUGUAAACCUACUCCACAGCUGGCUGCGUUUUCUGCAUCGAAGGCUUACUUAGACCACUUCAGCAGAGCCUUGCAGUAUGAGUAUGCUUCUAAAGGAAUCUUUGUACAGAGUCUAAUUCCUUUCUACGUAGCCACCAACGUGGCUACACCUGGCAGCUUUCUGCACCGAUGCCCCUGGCUGGUGCCUUCACCUAAGGUAUACGCACAUCAUGCAGUUUCUACUCUGGGGAUUUCGAAGAGGACCACGGGAUACUGGUCCCACUCCAUUCAGUUUCUCUUUGCACAGUACAUGCCCGAAUGGCUGUGGGUAUGGGGCGCAAACCUGCUCCACCGAUCCUUACGUAAGCAGGCCUUGUCCUGCAUGGCCUGAGCCUGCGCUGGGAGCCUGCAGUGUUCCCACGUUUGGAGAAACACAUAUAACUUCUGUGCUGUAUUUUCUUUCAUUGCUGAUUAUCUGGCACACUGAUUCCUCAUUUGCAAAGCAGACUUUGAGAGUGCUGUGAAAAGCUCUUGGGCCACAGGUGUGGCACAGAGCACAGUGCCAGCCGCCCGGGCGGGGAGCUGGGGGAGGGGCCUCAGUGUGGCUUUGCCUCCCACUGCCCAGCAGUGGUGUGACUCACGUCUAUCCACGGUGUGUGUCAUCAUGUUGUCGUCUUCAUAAGAGCCCCAGCAAUCUCACCCCAUGUCACCUGGUGGCGCCUACCGCUGCUGCUGUUGCUUUUUAAGGGAGUUACUUAUUUUCUCCUGGUAGGCGACUGUGGGGUUCUCAGAUGUUCACUAGGAAGACCAUUGCAAAGCAGAGGGCCUCAGCGUGGACGCGUAUAUGGCGCCAAGGCAGCGGCUGUGGUGGGUGUGUGGAGAUGCCACCCUUCCCUGAGGGCCCAGAGGACCGCGUGUGCUGUGUGCAUUAUGUUUCUGAGCAGCUUUAUUUAUGGUUGUGUUUUAAAGAGAGGACUUGUCCAGAUGACAUAAGUGGAACCUUCCAGGGUAUGAGAAGUCUGUCCUCCUCUUGGUCCUAUGAACCAGCCCCCAGCCUGUGCUGUAGGUUACCAUGUCUCACCCUGCUCCUCUACAGUGCUGUCUUUGUUCCUAGAUUUGGUCUGCAUCAGGUAACCCUCAGUCAGCUUUUGAUUAUUGUGGAUAGGUAGCGACUUCCCAGUGUGACAUCCAGCCCUCAGAGCUUGUUCUGUCUGAUUUUCAUACACUUUUCUAUGUCGUCCUACUGCAUUCCCCUGAUGUCAUGGAUGUAAACAUCAAGUAUUUAUGGAAUUGUAGUUAAAAAUAUGGACACAUUAUGUGUGUGAU